AUGGACCCGUCUCGCCCACCCUCGCCUUCGCCGUCUCCCCGGAACGCGCUAUACAUCAUCCAGCCGGCCCAAGGAACUACAGCCCAAGCGUCCGUAGACCCGCAUCGCCCAUCUUCGCCCCCGCUGUCUCCCCGGAACAUGAUGCAGCCUCCGCAGGCUCCCACGCCCGCGCCCUACCCGGCUGUGUCCCCGGCCGAGGCUGCCUGGCAGGGAUGCUACAGCGAGGACGCCCAGACGGACCCCUUCGGGCCCGUGCCGUACACUCCACAGGCUUCCACGCCCGCGCCUUACCCGGCCGUGUCCCCCCUGGCCGAGGCUGCCCGGCAGAGACGCUGCAGUGAGGAGGAGGACCCCUUCGGGCCCGCGCCCGACUCGGCCGUAUCCCCGGCCGAGGCCUGGCACGAACGCGUCAGGGCCUGGCGUGAACGCCUCCGGACCUGGCACGAACGCCACAGUGAAGCCACCAUCAACGCACGGGGCGGCGGCGCGGCCACAACGAGGCGGGGCCUAGCGGCUGAUCGCCCGUCACCCACUCGAGCGCUUCGGGCUCUGUACAAGCGUGUCCGUGGUCGUGCACCAAGGGUGGGUACCGCCCCGGAGGCUGUUCGCCCGUCGGGUGGUGGCUCGGCGGCUGAGGAUCUACGCGAGCAUGUUCUUAGUUUAGCAAGGAAACGUGCCGCCCCGGGCGACGGCGAUGGCGGCGGCGGUUAUGACGGCGACGGCGGCGAGCGGGACCGGAGGAAGAAGGUCCCCCAGAGGGAGCCCGAGCCCGUGUGA